AUGUCUGCUACUGUGUCCUCCCGGAUUAUAAACUCUGCAAGAAGCAGCAUCUGCGCUUUGCACGGGAAGGGACAUUUGAAUUCCAGGUACAUUUCAAGCCAGAAGAAAGCAACACGGUGGAGUUUGCUUUCCAAAGGUCCUUAUCCCUCUGUACGGGCAAGCGUCGGAGGCAGCACAGCUGACGUUUUCACCUUGAGCAAGGCUCUCAGACAUACCUCAACAGAAGAAGAAGACUUCUUCCACCUGACACCGUCACAGAUAGAUGACAUAUUAAGGGCGAACGAGUUGUCCCUGACGAUACCCGAAUUCGAUGGGAAAAACCCCAGUUCGGUGCUGAAAUUUGAGAGUAACCAGUUGGCCGCCAAUGCCCCGAGCGAAGACCGUCGAAGCUCAGCUGCAUUCUUGCAGACCCGGGGGAUGAUGUUUGGGGUCUUUGACGGCCAUGCGGGUUACGCCUGUGCCCAGACAGUCAGCGAGAGGUUGUUUUUUUACAUAGCCAUUUCUCUGCUGCCUCAGCAGCGGCUGGAGGAAAUCGAACUCGCCAUGGAGUCCAUGAAGCCCGUUCUGCCAAUCCUGCAGUGGUACAAGCAUCCGAAUGACAGGUUCUUUCAAGAAGUGGCCUCUUUGUAUUUGGAACAGCUCAGGGUUUAUUGGCAGACCUUACUGGACUUGGAUUCAGGCUUCACAAUGAAGGAAGCCUUAGUGUACGCCUUUAAGAGGCUGGACUCGGAUCUGUCACUGGAGGCCCAGGCUCCCUUAGAGAACGAACUGAUGAGGAACAUAGCCCUCCAGGUAGCUUUUUCAGGCUCGACGGCAUGUGUGGCUCACAUUGAUAACGUUCACUUACACGUAGCCAACACCGGAGACUGUAGGGCCGUCCUCGGCAUUCAGAACGAAGACGGAUCGUGGUCCGCCCUCCCUCUCACUCGAGACCACAACGCCUUCAACCAACUGGAAAUCUUAAGGUUAAAAAGGGAGCACCCAACGUCCGAAGAGAACACUCUCUUUGUGAACAGCAGACUGCUGGGAGUCCUUAUGCCUUCUCGGGCGUUCGGAGACGUGCGGUUCAAAUGGAGUCAGGAGCUGCAGCAAAGCGUGCUGGGAAACAGGGGCGAGGAUGAAGUGUUAAACAUUUGCGAGUACGUUCCUCCAAACUACCACACCCCUCCCUAUUUAACCGCGGAGCCGGAGGUCACCUACCACAAAGUAAGGCAUCAGGACAAAUUUUUAGUCAUCGCCUCAGACGGCCUGUGGGACAUGUUGAGCAACGAAGAGGUGGUCAAGCUUGUUGCGGAACACCUGCAUGAAAUGAAAGUGCCGCAAAUGCAGCUGACUUUUAAAAAACCGGCCAAGCUGGGUUACAUGCAAAACCUGCUGCUCAAGAGGAAAGCCAAACGCAUCCGCUCCUAUGACGAAAACGUGGCCACCCACCUCAUCCGACAUGCCGUUGGGAGCAAUGAAUACGGAGAGGUUGACCCAGAGAGGCUUGGGGCCAUGUUGACGCUUCCCGAUGACCUGGCUCGCAUGUAUAGGGAUGACAUCACGGUCACUGUGGUCCAUUUUAAUUCUGAUACGGUUGACAGCUACUACCGAGAGAAUAAAUAAGA